GUAGCAAAAUAUGUCAUUCCCUGCCUGUAAGCCGGACGCAUGUGACCAACAAAUCAAAAAUAAAAAUAACGCUGAAAAGUUGAAGCAACAAAAGGAAAUCAAUGAAGAAUAUUUGGAAUUGAAACGAAACCUAGAUAAAACAGAAAUUGAAGGAGAACUUCAAUUUCAAAUGUUGGAAAAACAACAAAAUGAUUCUCAAAAAGAGAAACUGAAAAAUACUGAAACAGCUAUAUUGAACGGAAUUGCAAAUCUUGCAAAGUUGAGAGCCAAGCAGUCGUUAGAUGAUCAAUUCAACCUAUUCAAGCAGCAAUGCAACAUUUUAUGCAGCAAAUACAAACUAUUUGAAUGUGAAUUCAACAUUUCAGAAACACUGAUUCUCCAAGCUGUAAAAAUGAGAAACCAAUCUGAGAUAGAUAUGGACGAUUUAUUGAGCUCCCUCCGUGUUUUUUCGUAUUAUAACACAGAAUUUAAUGCAGAAGGAUCUGGAAAUGACGCUGAAUUUAUCAGUCUUGUUAAUCAAAUAUUACCGAUAACUGAAAAUAUAAAAACUGAGUUGAUCAGCAUUCAAUCAAGAAUGGAGAAUGAAAGUGAUUCCAAUGGUGAUAUAGAACAUGAAGUAGUGAAAGAACUAAUUCUGGUAAAUGACUACAUGACAGAGAUGAGUGAUCUAAUCAAAAAAUUCAAAUUCAUUAUUUAAUGGAAUGCAAAUUAUCCAGCUAUAAACUUUCACUCACACUGUUUCACUGUUUAAUAUUUUAACUAAUUUUAUGAUUAUAUUGCAAAAAGGAAUGUAUUUAUAAAAGGAAUGUUUGUUGUAUUUUUUCAAGGUUUUUAUUUUUUAAUUGUAACCGGACUAAAAAUGAAGUUGAUGGUA